AUGACCGCGACAAGCCCAUCGGGGCCGCCGAAACGGCCCAAGGCUCUCCUCUUCGACAUUGGCGGCGUCUGCGUCGUCUCCCCCUUCCAGGCCAUCCUCGAUUACGAGCGCGCGAACGGCAUCCCCGUCGGCUGGAUCAACACGGCCAUUUCGGCAGCGGCGCCGGCGGGCGCGUGGCAGCGCGUCGAGCGCGGCGAGGUGGUGCUGGACGACGCCUUCUUCGCGGAGUUCGCGGAGGACCUGGCGGCGCCGGGUGCGUGGAAAGCGUUCUGGGAGAAGAAGGGAAAGGAGGGACAGGCACCACCACCGCCGCCGAGGGUGGACGCGAAGGCUCUAUUCUGGGAGAUGAUGCGCGUCAGUCGGGCGCCGGAUAGAUGGAUGUGGCCGGCGUUGGGAAAGCUGGGGCGGGUCGCGAGGGAGGAGGGAGGAGGAGGGUUCGUGCUCGGGGCGUUGAGCAAUACGGUGGUUUUUCCGGAGGGCGUGGUGGAUGAGAAGGGUGCGGUAUUUGAGAGCGGUUUGAGGCUGGUGGGGCCGGAUGGGAAGGUCGAGGUGGGCGAUGUGAGCGCUGCGUUUGACGUUUUCAUCAGCUCGGCGCACGUUGGGUUGAGGAAGCCGGAUCCGAGGAUUUACGAGAUGGCGGUCAAGUUGCUGGAUGAAGAGGCGAGGAAUAGGGGCGUGCCGGGCGGCGUUCAGGUGGGCGAUGUGCUCUUUCUCGAUGACAUUGGGCAGAAUCUAAAGGCGGCGAGAGAGGUGGGGAUGAGGACGCUGAAGGUUGAUUUGGGGAAGAGUUGGAAGGCAGUGAGGGAACUGGAAGGGAUCAUGGGUCUAAAACUGCUGGAAGGGGAGGUGCCUGGUGAGAAAGCCAGGCUGUAG